AUGCCUUACGGUCAGGCAGCACUAAGAUACGUGCUUGAGAAGUCCGGCCUGCCCAGCAAGCGCAAGCUCGAACCAGUCCGAGACCCGACCGAGAUCUACAAAUCUGCCAAGCUCUCCCCGAACGGUCACUCGAGCCGCCACGCUCGCGUCGACGAGGACGAGAACGACGAAGACGACACCGAGGCCGGCCCCGCGCGCCCGCCACCCGAGGACGACGAAGACGGCGACUACGGGCCCGCCCGACCCGAUGAAGACGACGGCGUCGACGACGAGGAGGGCGGCCGCUUCUUCGGCGGCGGCAUCACCCGGCAGGAGGCAGAGGUGCUAGACUACCUGGACGACGGCGGCGACGGCGACGACACGGCGGCGCCCGAGAAGAUCGACUCGGCCUGGCUGCGCCGCACCGCCCUGUCCCUCGAGAAGCGCAUCAACAAGAACGCCGAGCUUCGCGCCCGCUUCGAGGCCCAGCCCGCCAAGUUCAUCGACUCCGAGGCCGAGCUCGACGCCGAGGUGCGCGCCCUGUCCAUCCUCGCCGACCACCCGGCCCUGUACCCGGAAUUCGCGGCCCUCGGCACCGCCGCCUCGCUGGCCUCGCUGCUGGCGCACGACAACACCGACGUCGCCAUCUCGGCGGCCCAGAUCGUCGGCGAGCUGACGGCCGAGGACAACGACGCCCAGGCGACCGAGGAGCAGUGGGGCGCGCUGGCCGACGCGCUGCUCGAGGCCGACGUCGUGGGCCUGCUGGUCGGCAACCUCGGCCGGCUCGACGAGGACGGCGACGAGGCGGACCGGUCGGGCGUAUACUACUGCCUCGCCGUCGUCGAGAACCUGUGCUCGCGCGCCGCGACGGCGGAGCAGAUCGCCCGGGACGAGCCCCUGCUGAAGUGGCUCCUGCAGCGCAUCCAGAAGAGCGAGUCGUCGUCGUCGUCGUCUUCUUCGUCAGUGUCCCAGAACAAGCAGUACGCCGCCGAGAUUCUCGCCAUCCUCGCCCAGUCCUCGCCCGCGAACCGCGCCGCCCUGGCCGCCCUCGACGCCGUCGACGCCAUGCUCCAGCUCGUCGCGCCCUACCGCCGGCGCGACCCGGAGAAGGGCAGCGAGGAGGAGGAGUACGUGGCCGACCUCUUCGAGGCGCUGACGUGCGUCGUCGACGACGCCGAGGCCGGGAAGCCGCGCUUCGUCGAGGCGGAGGGCGUCGAGCUCUGCCUCAUCAUGGUCAAGGAGGGCAAGUCCGCGCGGCCCAUGGCCCUGCGCCUGCUCGACCACGCCGUGUCCGGGCCCGGCGCGGCCGAGGUCUGCAUGCGCGUCGUCGAGGCCGGCGGGCUCAAGACGCUCUUCACGGCGUUCAUGAGCGGCCAUAAGAAGAAGCAGCAGCAGCAGCACGAGGGCCAGGUCGUCGAGCACCUCGUCGGCAUCUUCGCGUGGAUGCUGCGCCUGCUGCCGGCCGACUCGGCCGAGCGGGUCCGCGCGCUGGCCAAGUUCGUCGAGAAGGAGUACGAGAAGACGGCGCGGCUGUGGGCGCUGCGGCGGCGGUACGCGGCGCGCGUGGCCGAGGCGGACGCGCGGAUCGAGGAGGAGAAGGGGCAGGUCGAGGACGAGGAAGACAGGGAGGCCAUGGCGGCGGAGUGGUUCUCGCGGCGGCUGGACGCGGGCUUGUACUGCCUGCAGACGAUCGACGUCAUCCUCGCGUGGCUGGUGGCCGAGGACGACGGCGCGCGGAGGAAGAUCCGGGACUUGCUGGCGGACCAGGACCAAGGGUUCGAGGUGCUGAGGACGAGCCUGCAGGAGCAGAUUGACGGGAUCGACGUCGAGGACGAGGGCGGGCAGGAGACCAGGGAGAUGCUGUCUACGCUCGUGGAGUUCUUGCAAUAG